CACGAAAGUCCAGAAACGCCUAUUCAAGGAACUAUAAAUAUCACUAUUCAUCUUUCUUUUGAAAUCAGUAAUUUGGUUGGGUUGAUUUAAAAGAAGAAGAAAAGAAAAUGUCAGGACCUCAGUGCUGCUCCAACCCACCAGUUUUGGAUCCAGCCAGCGGAGCAGGUCACGUUGAGAAAGUGGGCGGCCUCAACUCCUAUGUCACUGGCCCUUCUGACUCCAACUCCGCCAUUUUUCUUAUCUCUGAUGCUUUUGGAUACGAAGCUCCUUCGUUCAGGAAGUUAGCAGACAAGAUUGCAGCUGCUGGAUUCUAUGUUGUAGUUCCUGACUUCUUCUAUGGCGAUCCUUAUUCCCCUGAUAAUGCUGAGAAGACCAUACAUGUUUGGUUACAGGAGCAUGGAACGGAUAAGGGAUUUGACGAUGCCAAAGCUGUUGUUCAAGCUCUGAAGAGUAAAGGUGUAUCUGCAAUUGGAGCUGCAGGCUUUUGUUGGGGUGCCAAGGUGGUGGUUCAACUAGCUAAACCUGAGUUCAUCCAAGCUGCUGGGCUGCUGCAUCCUUCUUUGGUGACUGUAGAUGAUAUCAGGGAGGUUAAGGUUCCUAUUUCAAUACUAGCAGCCGAGAAUGACCAAAUUUCCCCACCAGCACUCGUGAAACAAUUUGAAGAGAUCCUAACUGCUAAAGCUGAGGUUGACUACCAUGUGAAGAUAUUUCCCAAGGUGGCUCAUGGGUGGACAGUGAGAUAUAAUGUUGAAGAUGAAACUGCUGUGGAAUGCGCAGACGAAGCCCAUGGAAACUUGUUGGAUUGGUUCACCAAGCAUGUUAACAAUAAUAAGUAGAACUGCUAGUAUAGUUUUCUUGUGUGUUUGAGAAGUGCUGCAGUAUAUGAUGCAUGUUGAAUAAGAUGAAUGUUUUAUGGUGUAAUAAAAUUAAAGUUUGGGCAAACUAGUAAUU